AUGAAGUGGGGCUGGGUGUUUUUGGGGGUCUUCCUAUCUUUGGGGACCCUGUCCUGGGGGGAGAAGGGCUUGGAGGUCCCUGAGUAUGACGGCAAAGACCGCGUCCAUGACCUCAACGUCAAGAACUACAAGUCCAUCAUGAAGAAGUACGACGUGAUGGUGAUCUACUACCACAAAUACGUGGACGGAAACCGCAACGCCAUGAAGCAGUUUCAGAGCGAGGAGCUGGCUUUGGAGCUCGCAGCCCAAGUUCUGGGCGACUUUGACGAUGAGGACAUUGGAUUCGGCCUGGUGGACGAAAAGAAGGACGCUUCUGUUGCCAAGAAGCUCGGUCUGGAUGAGGUGGAGAGCAUCUACAUCUUUGCCGACAAUGAGAUCAUCGAGUACGACGGAGAGCUGGCAGCCGACACCCUGGUGGAGUUCCUCUAUGAUGUGGUCGAAGACCCCGUGGAGAUCAUCGACAACGAGCGUGAGCUGAAGGGUUUCCACAACAUGGACGAGGUCAUCAAGCUUGUUGGCUAUUUCCGGAGCGAGAAAUCUCCCCACUUCAUUGAGUACGAUGACGCUGCCGAGGAGUUCCACCCCUUCAUCAAAUUCUAUGCCACAUUCGACCUCAAGAUCGCCAAGAAGCUGAAGUUGAAGAUGAAUGAAGUGGACUUCUAUGAGCCCUUCAUGGAGGAGCCCGUCACCAUUCCAGGAAAGCCCUACAUAGAGUCUGAGCUUGUUGAGUACAUUGAACAGCAUGACAGGCCAACACUGAGGAAGCUUGAGCCUCACAGCAUGUAUGAGAUCUGGGAGGAUGACAUUGAUGGAGAGCACAUUGUUGCCUUUGCUGAGGAAGAUGACCCAGACGGUUAUGAAUUCCUGGAGAUCCUGAAGGAGGUGGCACGCGAGAACACUGACAACCCCAACCUCAGCAUCAUCUGGAUUGACCCCGACAAUUUCCCCCUGCUGGUGCCAUACUGGGAGAAGACCUUCCGCAUCGACCUCUCUUCUCCUCACAUUGGUGUCGUUGAUGUUGAGGACGCCGACAGCGUGUGGAUGGAAAUGGAUGACCAGGACGACAUGCCAACAGCUGACGAGCUCGAGCAGUGGAUCGAGGACGUUCUGUCUGGAAAGAUCGACCCAGAUGAUGAUGAUGAGGACGACGACGACGAUGAUGAUGAUGAUGAUGAUGAUGACGAUGAUGAUGAAGAUGAUGACGACGACGACGAUGAUGAUGAUGAUGAUGAUGACGACGAUGAUGACGAUGAUGACGAUGAUGACGACGAUGACGACGAUGAUGACGACGAUGAUGACGACGAUGAUGACGACGAUGAUGAAUAA